AUGUUCACGCUGGACAACCUAGCAGACAGAAAUGGCGUAUAUACAGAUCUGUCUGUCUGUGGGGAGAUAUAUCUCGACGUUCACCACUUUCUACUGGGCCACAAGAGCCCAGUACGAUUUCUGGAUGAGUCCCUCUCCCCAGGGCAGUGCACGCCGACGGCAACGGACCCCAACCCCUUGAAGCCCAGGGCCAAGCCGCUGAGCAGCCUGAAGCACAUCACGCGCAUCUACUCGCAUCCACAAGGGUUUGGCCAGACUGUUGCCUUCCUAUCGACGUACCUCAAAGGCGUUGACCAGAUGGAUGUCAGCUCGACCAGCAAGGCCGCCCAGCUUGCGAGCGAGGACAAGACGGGCCAGAGUGCGGCCAUUGCGAGCGAGAUUGCUGCCGAGAUGCAUGGCUUGGAUAUCCUGGCCCGGUGCAUCGAGGACCGCGACGACAACACAACCCGCUUCUUCAUAAUUCACAGGGGCGCGGAGGGCGGGGCGCCAAAGUUUAGUGCAUCAAGCAAAAAGGAUGCUGCGGCCUUGGGUAGUGCGAGGUACAAGUCACUGGUCUCGUUCACGGUGCCACAUAAGGCGCCGGGUGCACUGGCGGAUGUGUUGGAUGUCUUCAAGAAAUAUAAGCUGAACCUGACGAGCAUCAAUAGCUUGCCGAGCCUAAUCCAGCCUUUCCAAUAUCUGUUUCUGGUAGAGUUCGAAGGCAGUAAGCUUGACGAUCCCGAUGGAAUGGUGAAGGGUGCGCUCGAGGAAGUGGACAAGGUGGCUCAGUCAUGGAGGUGGCUUGGGAGUUGGGAGAAUCAAAGAACCUGA